GAGAACGCGCCCCCCUCCCUGCUCCCGCCGGCAAGCCGCCUGGCCGAGCUCCGGUAGGUCCCGCGGCCGCCUGUGUGAGCCCACAGAAAGGGGCGGGGCUUGGCGAGAGGCCAGCCAGCCGGAGAGAACCGUCUCACCAGAAUACAGUAGAGACUUUUUGGGACGCCCGAGGUCGCCCGGAAUUGGAGGGAGCAGAGAAAGUAGGGAAGCCCCCUGAAGAAGUUGGGGGAGCGCGCGCGCGCGCCCCGCCUCGGGUUAGCCUCCUUAUCUGAGGGUCUCUCGGUCUUGUCCGGCAAAGUAGUAACCACAGAGUCCCCGAGGAUGGAUAAAUACAAAGCUCUGGAACAACUGCUGACAGAACUAGAAGAUUUUCUGAAGAUAUUGGAUAAAGAGAACCUUAGCAGCACGGCUGUAGUGAAAAAGAGCUUUCUUGCUGACCUCCUUCGCCUGUGCACAAAAUCAAGCGGUGGUGAUGAGGAAUACAUUUACAUGAACAAAGUCACCAUCAGUAAACAACAUGGUGAGUUAGAGAAAGCAGACAAAGGUCCCAAAGAUGCCUUGACCAAUGGGGAAGUGGAACAGCACUUGUCUCCUCCUCAGAAGAGUCUGCCAGACCUUCCUCCUUCAAAAAUUAUGCCAGAAACAAAGCCACUUUCAGGAUCCAAAAUGGAAUCACCAGAAGGAUAUUAUGAGGAAGCUGAGCCUUAUGGCAUUUCUGUUAAUGGUCUUUAUGGUAGACUUGCAGCUUCUGGAUCCAGACCAGGGUUGCAGGUUACUGAGGGAGUAAUAUAUGCCACAAUAACUAUGGAUGAUGAAGCAGUCAGCAGCUCCUAUGAAUCCUAUGAUGAGGAAGAGAGCAGUAAAGGCAAGUCAGCUCCUCACCAGUGGCCUUCUCCUGAAGCCUCCAUUGAACUCAUGAAAGAUGCCCGGAUUUGUGCUUUCCUCUGGCGGAAGAAGUGGCUGGGCCAGUGGGCCAAGCAGCUGUGUGUGAUUAAGGACAGCAGGUUGUUGUGCUACAAGACUUCCAAGGACCACAGUCCCCAGUUGGAUGUUAAUCUGGUGGGCUGCAGUGUCAUCCACAAAGAGAAGAAUGUGAGGAAGCAGGAACAUAAACUAAAGAUCAUCCCACUGAAUGCAGAUGUCAUUGUGCUGGGCUUGCAGAGUAAGGACCAGGCAGAACAGUGGCUCAGAGUAAUCCAGGAAACGAGUGGUGUGUACCCAGAUGGGCUGUGUGAAGGAAACCAGUAUGUUCCAGAUUCUCAGCGGCUCAGUUAUCCGAAAGCGGAGCCAUCUGAGAGAUACGUGGUAGCAUCAGAAAGUGGAAGCAGUACUGAUAGUCACAUGGAACUAACAGAAACUAAAGAUGCUAAGAAGAAAGGCACAUCUGGUUUAAAGCUGAGCAACCUGAUGAAUCUUGGGAGAAAGAAAUCUGCCUCACUCGACAGUCCUGAGAGAUCUUUGGAAACUUGUACAUACCUGAAUGUACUAGUCAAUAGCCAGUGGAGAUCCCGGUGGUGCUAUGUGAAAGAUGGGCAGCUCCAUUUCUAUCAGGAUAAGAACAGAAGCAAAACUGCUCAGCAGCCUCUGAACUUGUUGGGCUGUGAAGUUGUCCCAGACCCAAGUCCUGACCAUCUCUACUCGUUCCGUAUCCUGCAGAACGGCGAAGAACGGGCCAUGCUGGAGGCUAAGUCUGGUGAAGAAAUGGGUCACUGGCUUGGCCUCCUUCUGUCAGAAUCUGGCUCCAGAACAGACCCUGAAGAACUCACCUAUGAUUACGUUGAUGCUGACAGGGUUUCCUGCAUUGUCAGUGCAGCAAAGAAUUCAUUACUUUUAAUGCAAAGGAAAUUCUCUGAGCCCAACACAUAUAUCGACAAUUUGCCAAAGGGAAAGGAGGAAGAAGAACUUUAUGAUGAUGUGGAUGUUCCAGAUGCAACAAUGGAUGAGGCACCCCAGAAUGAAAGCAAAUGCAAAGGGGAACAGGACAGAGUCUAUCUUGACCUCACACCAAUUGAUUCCUUCCUGCAUUCCGGUGGCAAGACGCAGGAUCAACCGACCCCUUCGGUUUCUCCAUCUUUACAAGAAUCCAUUAGUAAAGGCUCAGCUGACUCUGAGAAUGAUGGACCCAUACUGCAUAAAGAAGGAGAUCUGAACACAAAGUCCUUGGACAUGCUAGACCAGAGGCUUCCAGAUGGAGACGAUCAGCUGCCACCACGGAUAACGACAGUAAAAAUCCAGACUCAGCAACAGCAAAUUGCCUUUCCUCAGAGUGGCCCUGAGAUUAAGACUGCCACUAAAAUUAUAGCUGCCCUUAAAGACAAAACAGACCAUUUCAAGGUGAUCAGUACAGCACCUGUAGAAACCAAACUUGGCAAGAAUCGGACAGAGGCGGAGGUGAAGAGGUACUCAGAGGAAAGAGAUCGCUUGGAGAAGGAAAAAGAAGAAAUCCGCUCUCAGCUGGCACAGCUUCGGAAAGAAAAAAGGGACCUGAAAGAGAUGAUGGCUAAUUGCACAGAUAAGAGACUUUUGUCUACCAUGGAGCAAAACCUGAAGGAAAUAGAAGAGGAGUGCAAGCGGAAGGAAGACCAGCGUGUGGACUUAGAGCUGAGCUUGGUGGAAGUGAAGGAGAACCUCAGGAAAGCAGAAUCUGGUCCUGUUACCCUUGGGACAGCUGUGGACACCACACACCUGGAGAACGCAAGCCCCAAGAUGAAAGCUGCCAACCCUAUGAAUAGCACAGAAAACUCACCUGUCAAUUCAGCAAUGGCAUUAAAAAACCGGCCAUUGUCAAUCAUGGUCACAGCAAAAGGAACAGUUCUACAGAAAGCUAAGGAAUGGGAGAAGAAGGGUGCUAGUUAGGAAACUGCAGUAUCAGAAAUGGACUUGUGACUAGAACUGGCCAUUUAUGAACUACAGCGUUCUAUCGCCAGUAGAGAAACGGUCCAGAUAAGGAGAACCACAGCAAGUAUUAUACUGUGUUCAUGCUGUCUAGAUGAAAUGAUGGACCUGAGCCAUAUCCCAACAUGGCCUUUGUUCAAAUAAGGAUAUUCGCUCCUUUUAGCAGGAUUGCACUGUGUAGCAAAGAGAAUUAACAAGGUGGAGACAUCACUUCUAACUCCACUGAUUUCAUGAAAAUGUUGGCUGUACAUAUGGAUGCUUUUGUGUAUUUCUACUUUGGUGUCACAUUGUCAAGGAUUUCCUCUUAUCGAUAGAGUAUUGUUUCAAGACCGAUGUGUUUAAUGUUGCUUUUUGAUGUACAAUGGAGAUUGUUGUACUGGGGGAGACAAGGUAAAUUCAGAGGUUCAGGUUAGACUUUACCUUCAGAGAAGAACUUACUUCUAACCAAUGAAGAAAACUCAAGAGAAGUUUAUGGGAACCAGGCAAUAAAAUGCUGGUGGAAGGUGCACAUCUCUCUGCUUAAGUCAAAUACUAGUGCUCAUGGAAAAACACAGAACUUUUCUGCAUAAAAUAACUUCCUAGUGUUGUUGAAAAAGGCCGGUGUACUAGAGUGUGAGGAAGUUACUUUUUGGACUAAAACUAAAACUUAACAAACAAACAAACACCCCACAGGCCAAGCUGAUUCUUGGAGCUGUCUUCCCAAAAAUUUCCCAAGCUUUGAGCUGUGCACACACAGCUGUAGAGACAUGUCCCACUGUACACAGGGACACAACCUGAACCUGACAUGGAUGGAUCCUCGCUUUGUGGAUUAGUAUCAAAAGGUCAGCCCACAAAGUUACUUCUUAAAUUGCUACGACUAAACUGAAGGUGGUUUAAAGCACAAUAAAAGAAUAAUGCUUUCUCUUGUGUUUUCCAAAAUGGGUUUAAAACAAUGGUUCCCAUGUGCUUUACUUGCUUGGCAGAGCUUCUGAUUAAUAUGCAUAUUCAGUUGCCUAUCUGAGCAGGUACCUCAUAAUUUUAUAUACUAUAUAGUAUUGAGAAUAAUGAUUAUGUUGUAAGUAUCUUAAAUUUAAGUGAAGAAGCAAAAAGGAAAAGUUUUCCACAGUAUUGUGAAUGCUACUGCACAAACAUUAUUUGAAAGACUGAGAGAAUUUCCUUCUUUAAAUGCAUGGCAUGACUUUGUCCAGAUCAUGAAUUUUAACCUUGAAAUCUGACUAUGCAUAAUCUUCAAGGCAGGCUGUAUAAAAAAGAGAGAAACUACUGUUCAAAAUCCUGUCGCUUGGCAUAAGCCUGAUUAUAAUUUUUGGUCCAUUCCUCCCCAAUAAACUGCCCAUGCUUUGAAUGUUGGAGGCACACACAUGUGGGCUGACGUGGCACACAUGUACCGAAAAUUGUGACUGGGCACUUUGGGAGGAACAGAUGGAAAUUUACAAUUUGGUUUAUGCAAAGCAACAGGAUUUCAGUCAGUAUGCAAUAGGAGAGCCAGGGUUGUGUAGUGGAUAGAGUUUGGACCUGGAUUCAGGUUGUUGCUUGAACAUGAAAACUCAGUAGGAUAUGUGUGGCAAUAAAUGUAUCAAAAACCUUGAGAACCCUGUAAGGGUCACCAUAAGUAAGUUGGAAGUGAUUUGGUAGCAUUUAAGGACAAACAAUAUUAAAUUAUCCCCUCUUUCUCUUUACUAAUAUCAGAGUGUUGCACAAUUUAAAAUUACGGAUGCAUAUGAAAUAUAGGUAAAAAUUAAAAACAAAUUAAUGUUAAAAAUUGUCAUUUGUGGCCCUAAAAGGACCAUUGGGUCAUUUUGCUCAUCAGAAAGUUUGCGCUGCAACACUUCUGGAAUUGAAGAAUUAGCCAGCUGUAUGCUGUUGCCUGCAUACAGUGGAAGACAGGAGGGCCUGGCAUGCUCUGGUCCAUGGGGGUCACAAAGAGUCGGACACAACUUAACGACUAAACGACAACAACAAUGCUGUUGCCCAAGGGAACACCUGAAUGUACUCACAAUGCUUUCCACUCUUUAGGUAGGCUCUUUCUAUGUCACCCAAAUGGUGCUGUUAUCAUAGUAAAUGGCACAAAGACUGUAGAUGGGCUUGACACUUGUACUAUCCAAGGACAAUUCUAGACAAUCAUUUCCUGAUGCACUAAAUGAGCACACACAUUACUCCUUGCAAGAUCUGUAAACAUCUAUGUCACAGCUAGCAAGUCUACUGUGUGGAAGUGCCAUUUUUUUCUCAGCAACAAAAGACUAAUUUUUCACAGGGAAAAUGCUGUUGCUUUUCUGUCUAGUGCAUGCAUCUGACAUCAGAGCUUGAAAAGUUUACCUUUUUGGAUUACAGUACACUCUUGAGAUAAUCUGACCAAUGGUUAUGCUGAUGGGGCACUUUUGCAAGUUGUAGUAUUUAAAACGUAUGUUUCAAAGCAAGGCUUGGGAUAUGACCCACUGAUUUGAUACCAAGUCAAAAUGAGCCUAAGAAGGAGGUCCAUCAUGGCUAGAUAAGGUCAGGUGGGAAGAUGUCCGCUAGGAGUCUUUAGAGUACAGUGGUUCUUCCGAGGGGCAGACUCACCUCCUGUGGUGUUUGUACUGAGUCAGAACAGGUUCUUACAUCUUCAUGCAAAAGUUUAUCUAAGCUAAACACCACCUAUGUCACAUAUUAAUGCAUUAAUUGAACCAGCUUCUUAUAUACAGUGCUAGUGCAAAGAGCUCACAGGUUGCAGGGUCUCUGAAAGAAGGAAUCUGUGUACUGCUUACCACUAGUUUUAUUAGUCUGGCAGUAUAGCACUCAUAUUUGUUGCUUCCAAUUGGUAAACGUCUUCACCCAAAGGGUAUUGGGCCAGGGUAUAUGAUACUCCUGCCCCUUUAACGUGCUUUGUGAUGUCUCUGUCCCCUUCUGACAUUAUUGGUGCUGCAAAAGUGUAAAAAUUUGGGCAUUAAGACAGGGAGAAGACGUUGACAAAGCCUUGGUAAUCUGGUGCCCUGACUCCUGGAAGCACCAGCGGGAAAGGUACCAGCAGUGUAGCAGUUGACUCUUUUAUCCCUGUGUCCAUGCCACACAAUCCUGUGUCUUCACUGAAGUACCAGAACUCAUUGUACUAUACCUUUCUGUGUUGUAACACAGAAAUUCAGUAUACAAGCAGAUGAUUUCAGAUCCAAAGGGUUCAUUUGAAUAACCAUAUAAUUAUUCUAUUAUUGUGCUUCUUGUUAUUAAAAAAAAAUCUGUUUGUUGUCCGUGUGUCUUUUC